UUAUCCAUCACCUUCUCAUCCUCAUCCUCCUCCUACUCCCGAGUCCUCAUUGUACUUGUUUUGGUUCCUUUUACCUGUUAACUUGUCAGACAACAUUUACAACAGUUACAGUGAACAGCUAAUACAAAGCUAAUUGAGAAAACAAUAACUUAAAGGAAGAGAAAGAGAAAGAGGAAGAUAAAGAAAGAAAGAAAAGAAAGGAAGAUCUGUCAGUUUUUUCUCCUUUCUUUUGCUUUGUUGUUGCUUUUUCCUUUUCUCCUUUUUUUCUGACUCAUGAUUGUUUUUUUUUCUUAUUUCUCUCACCAAUCUUUUGAUAAUCUUAUUCUAAUUAAUUAACCAACUUUCUAAUUGUGAUCAUCAUUUAAUUUCACUUUCAACCUGUUCAAUUUGUUGAUUUAAUUGUUAGAAGGGAAUAAAAAUGUUCACCAUUUCUCUAAACAAUCACAACAUUGGAAGUAAAAUGUUGUGGAUUCCCUCGGUUCUUAUGUUGCUAUUACAUUGAGAUCUUCACUCAUCAAUAUCCAGUUAAAUGGUUUCCUUUUUUAAAUUGCUUGUGUCUGUUAUCAUUAAUUAUCGUCAAAUUGUUGUUAUGCUCAAUACAAUCAAUUAACAUCUCUACUUAAUCCAUUCAAUACUUUUCAUCUCUUCUGUUUUCCGGUUAAGAUAUUUUUCCAUUUGUGUUGUCAAUGUUACAUCAAAAUCUUGAAAAAGACUUGAAAUUUAGUGAAUCAUCAACAACAUAAUUCGUAUCCAUUUUAUUACUUAAUCAAUUGUUAAUCUUGUGUUUUAUUUCAUUUACCAAGGAUAGAUUAAUCUCACCACUUUGUUUUGAUAAAAAUUGUGACAAUUAACUCCUUUACAUAUCUUUCUAAUUGUAUGAAACAAUCCAACUGAUUACCAUUGUUGCUCUCCUAUGGAGAUUAGUUAAUCUGAUUCUCAUUUGGGUUGGUUAAAAAUCUCGCGUUUUAUUUUUGUUAAUCAUCAUUUUUUUUGUCUUCUCUCUCAUUCUCUCUCUGUGUGUGUGUUUCCAUACAUACACACAAACACUCAUCAUCUCUCACCAAGUCCAAUGGAAAUGUUGAAACUGAUGAAAAGGUUCAAAAUCAAAUUUCUCUUCCUUUUUUCAAUCGUAAUUAUCUGUCUUCUAAUUGGAUUAUAUUCAAAUUUUAUGAGCCCAAGUCCGAUUCCUACUCAUCCGAUAAGUUAUUCUGAAUAUAAAUCAUCACCUUCUCCCUACUUCCAACAACAACAACAACAACGGAAAACCUUUCAUGGCGGUAAAAAUGUUGACCCUCCACAAGAAGCAACUGAAUAUUUAGUCUAUGAUAAUAGAGAAUCAAAUUACUCAUUAUUUCAAGAUUCAAAGUGCAUUACAAUUAACAGUGAGAAGAUUUCUGAUGAUCAGCUCAUUUUAACGAGUAAACAUUAUGAGAAUCUUAAUUUUAAACCAUCAUUUCGUCUCUAUUGGAAUCAAACCUUUGAGAGAAGAUACCUUGAGGCUAAAAAGGAUCCAUCAAGUGAACCACUUAAAAUAUUCAUCAUCCCCCAUUCACACAAUGAUCCUGGUUGGUUGAAAACGUUUGAAAGUUAUUAUUUAACAACAACAUCUAAUAUCUUGAAUAAUAUGGUUGAUCGAUUGGAUAAGUAUCGGGAUUUUACCUUCAUGUGGACGGAAAUAUCAUUUUUUGCUCGAUGGUGGAAAGAUUUAUCUUCUACAUCUACUGUUCGUCAAAUGGUUAAAGAUCAAAUUGCCCGUGGACAAUUGGAGAUAACUACUGGUGGAUGGGUUAUGCCUGAUGAAGCAAUUGCCCAUUAUCAUGCGAUUAUUGAUCAACUAAUUGAAGGUCAUCAAUGGUUAAAAGUCAAUCUUGGCUUAGAUUCACCGCCAAAUAAUAGUUGGUCUGUUGAUCCAUUUGGACACAGUGGUACUUAUCCAACCUUUUUAAGCUCAUCUGGGCUUCAUCAUAUGGUCAUCCAAAGGAUUCAUUUUGGAUGGAGACAACGAUUAGCUGAGAAACAAGCACUUGAAUUUUGGUGGAAACAAGCAUCUGAUUUUACUUAUCCCCUUUUAUCCUCAUCCAAACCUCCACUUUGUCAUGUUGCACCUUUUGCUUUGUACAAUAUAAAACAUACCUGUGGACCUGAGAAUGAUGUUUGUUUGCAAUUUGAUUUUCGCCGGAUUAUGGGCGAAGCAUCGGAAUCUCGUUCUACUGUGAUCUCGAAUGAAAAUGUCGAUUCAAAGGCUCGACUUCUUCUCGGUCAAUAUGGUCGAACCGCAUCUCUGUAUACGCACAAUGUUGCCCUCAUACCUUUGGGUGAUGACUUUAGAUACGAUCAGAUGACCGAAUGGGAUCAACAGAGAGAAAAUUUUGUCGCUCUCAUGAAUCAUAUCAACGAUAAUCCACAAAAGUUUAACUCGACUCAAAUAACUUUUGGCACUUUAAGCGACUAUUUCAACGAAGUCAAAACUCGAGGUUCUCGUAAUCCAAAGGCUGCAAUAAACUGGACUCUAGUGGGCGACUUUAUGCCCUAUGCUGAUAUUUAUUCGGGAGCUGGACCAUCUUACUGGACUGGAUAUUUUACUACGCGACCUUUUUGGAAAUCACUCUCUCGAUCAUUGGAACAUUAUCUUCGAAGUGCUGAAAUUUUAUAUUCCUUGGCUCGAACUAUUAAGCUAAAAGAUCGUAACAAAGGAAUUGUUGAGAGAUUCAUUGAAGAUUAUAAAUCUCUGACCACAGCUCGUCAAAAUUUGGGUCUUUUCCAACAUCAUGAUGCCAUCACUGGAACAUCGAAAGAGUUUGUUAUGCAAGAUUAUGGUCUUCGACUUCAUCAAUCCAUCGUUGAAUCCUUCAGGGUCAUGGUUCACGCUGUUCAAUAUCUAGUUUCUUCUCAGAAAGGAAAUGUUCAAUCGACUGUUUUUCCUUCAUUCCUUUUCCCCACUGUACAACAAUCUUCAUGGGACUCACCGAUAAAUGAUAUUCCUCUUACGGUUCCUGAUAAAUCAUCUCGAAAACUUGUCAUCUUCAAUAGCCAUCCCAGAGAGAUUCUGUUUCCCAUUAGAAUAAAAUGUCGCCAUGAUGCUAUCAUUUUACAUGAUGCAGAAACAAUGAAAACGAUUCCUUUUCAAGUUUCCCCGGUUUGGAACAGUAGUCUUAACUUGGAUGACCGAGAAUUUGAAAUCAUCUUCAUGAGCCGAUUACCAGCACUCUCAUUGAAAACUUACCUUAUCAAAAUGCUACCAAGAGGACAAGAUAUUGCAGCAAAGUCUCAAGUUUUCAUCUUAAUGGAUGAUACUUCAAGUGAAACUCGAUCUCUUGAUUCAAUGGAAGGUGAUUCAACAUUUCGAUCGACUUUUGUGUUCCCCAAAUUAUUCAAAGAUGAUAUUGAACUGACAACACCUCAUUUAACUGUUCUAUUUGACCGGUCAACUGGUUUUCCCAAACUUCUCAAAAGUUCAUCGGGCUCAUGGAGCCAUUCAAUGCACGUCAGUUUACACGCUUACAAAUCUGUCCCCUUUCACUCUGGCGCCUACUUGUUUCAACCAACAGCGGAUGAUGACCUGGUCAAUAUUCAUGACCGAUUUCCAAUCAUUCGUCUUAUUAAGGGUCCAACUAUGUCCGAAGUGAUUGUCUCUCACUCUUCCAGUAUAAUCAUCACCUUCCGUGUUUAUCAUGACAAAGCUCCUAUUGGUGCUGCUUUAGAAAUUGAUUUAAGUCUAAAUAUUGACAAUUCAGAGUACAAAGAUCGUGAGCUAAUUAUGAGAAUCUCAACUGAUUUAGAUAAUAAGGAAACUUCCUUGAACGGCAAAGAAUAUAGUCCAAUAUUUUACACUGAUUCAAAUGGAUACCAAAUGAUUCGUCGAAAGUUUGUCAAUGAUGUCGGAAUUCCUGCCAAUUAUUAUCCAAUGACAUCAGCAGCUUAUAUCGAAGACACAACGAGCCGAUUAACUGUAUUAACAUCUCACUCUCGAGGUGUCACAAGUCCAUCUAAAGGUAUUCUCGAAAUGAUGUUGGAUCGUCGGACUCUUUACGAUGAUUAUCGUGGUUUAGGCGAAUCAAUUGUCGAUAAUAAGUUGACGCGAUCUAAAUUUCUCCUUGUUGUGGAAAAACUUACCACCUCUGAUGGAAAAGUGACUCUCAAAUCAACUUCACCUUCACCUUCAACUCAAGAGAUUCCAAAUUUAUCUCAACUCUCGUUUCAUUUGUUGACUGAUUUAAUUUAUCCUCCAAUUGUUUUCGCUGACGAUGGAACCGAGGAUAAAUCAUUAGCAUCCAAAUUAACUUUCUUAAACAAACCAAUGCCUUGUUAUCUUCAUCUAGUCAAUAUUAGAUCGUUACCCCGAACAAAUGAUUUUGAUAAACCCUCCGAAUCAAAUUUGUUAAUUGUCCAUCGACCAGGAUUCACUUGUAAAAUUGAUAAUCGUCAAUUGUUUGAAAACAAUCAACUUUGUCCAGUUGAAAAAUCAUCACUUGCAUCAAGAUUUACUCAACAUCGGAUAAAAAAGUUAACAGAAACAACAUUAACUGGUCUCAAAGUGAUUAAAUCUGGUUUAUCAUUUGUUGAUAUAUUACGAUUAACACCAAUGAGAUUAGCAACUUUUAUUAUCCAAUUUGCUUCUUCGUGAUCCUCGAAAAAUAUAAAUGGUACAACUAAUUGAAAAGAAUUAUAAAUUUUCACAAGUUUGCUCAAUUAUGAAAA